AUGGUGGACGUGGUUAGCGGUGUGAAGCAGAUCCUUCACCUCGCACUCAAGGUCAAGGAGGCGGCGGAGACGGUGAAGCAGAACAAGGAGGAGUGCCAUGACAUCAGGCGGCGCGUGCACGUGCUCCAUGGCAUCCUGCUGUCCUUGACUGCCGACGGCACCGAGGUGAUCGCGAACUCGGUGGUGAGCGACGCGCUGGGGGACCUUGAACGGAGCCUCCAGCGCGCCCUGGAGCUCGUCACGACCUGCCAGGGGAAGAGCGGCAUUUCCAACUGCUGGACGGCCGGGAGGCUGUCCAAGCGGCUGUUCCGGGUCCAGCAGGACAUCACGUACCAGUAUACCUACACCCAGAGCGACCACUGCCCCCCCUGCGCUCGAUAUUGAGCCGUGGGACUACUGGAAGGUUACGUCACCUACCUACAUCGUUUUACAUAAAUUCUUCAAUCAAACAU